AUGUGUCUCUACACAAGCACCUACUGCACCGCCUGCCCCUCACCCCGAGCCUACAGCUUCUCCGUCUACCAGUUCUGCACGGCCCUGCUGCACGAACUGCAGCGCAUCAACGAGGACCCCGCCGUCGCUGCGGCCUCGCAGGCUGAACUGCAGUUCUGUCCGCCGCUUUGCGUCCCGGAUCUUUGUCGGAAUGUGGUCGGGGGCGUGGUGCUUGUGAGGGGGUGUGAGAGGUGUGUGUGGCAGGGGGUUUCUUUGGUUGGUGGUUCUGGUUCUGGGGUUCUGGUGGUUCUGGUGGUUCGGGGGGUGGUGGUUCGGGGGUGGUGGUGGUGGUGGGUAUGGAGAUCAGGGGGGAGCUGGGACUGGGACUGGGGAUGGGGAUGGAAAAGAAAGAAGACGAGGGAGGGAGAGAGGGAGCGGAAGACGAGCGCGAUGAGGAUCGUUACCAGUCGUGGGAUGAGGUCUCCCGUCCGGUAA